AUGGGGACAGGCUUGGGCAGCAAACGCUCCCGGAGCUUCUUGAAAAAACUCACCCUCUACUGCAACCGGCUGGGGGAGCUGGUGAAGCACGGCCCGGCCGAGCGGGAGAGCAGCGAGCCCCCCCCGGAGGCCAAGGAGGCCCCGCUGGUCCCGCGGGGGGGGGCUGCCAACAAGACCCCUGCGCCCCCGCCGGCCCCGGAGGAGACAGAGAGCGAGAACCUGAAGCCCAUCGUUAUCGAUGGCAGCAAUGUGGCCAUGAGCCAUGGAAAUAAAGAAGUUUUCUCCUGCCGAGGUAUCCUUCUGGCUGUCCAGUGGUUUUGGGACAGGGGACACAAGGAUAUUACAGUCUUCGUGCCAUCUUGGAGGAAGGAGCAGCCACGACCAGAUGUACUUAUAACAGACCAGUACAUUCUCCGUGACCUUGAAAAGAAGAAAAUUCUGGUCUUCACCCCUUCCAGGCGGGUUGGAGGCAAGCGUGUUGUCUGUUAUGACGAUAGAUUCAUUGUGAAACUGGCACAUGAGUCGGAUGGCGUUGUGGUUUCUAACGAUACUUAUCGGGACCUGCAGAACGAGCGUCCUGAGUGGAAGAAAUUCAUUGAGGAGCGUCUGCUGAUGUAUUCUUUUGUUAACGACAAGUUUAUGCCUCCAGAUGAUCCUUUGGGGCGGCAUGGCCCCAGCCUGGAUAACUUUCUGAGAAAGAAACCUGUUGUGCCAGAACACAAGAAACAACAGUGCCCUUAUGGGAAGAAAUGCACUUACGGAAUUAAGUGUAAAUUCUACCACCCUGAAAGGAUCAAUCAGCCCCAGCGCUCAUUAGCUGAUGAACUGCGAGCCAAUGCAAGGUUGUCUCCUACCAGAAGUACCAGUGCCAAGGAGGAGAAAAAGGGCAAAAGAGGUUCCCAGGCAGAUUUCUUGUGCUCUGUGCCCACAGAGAGUGAGAAAGGCUCUUUGCAGAAGGUCUCUGCAGAGAGGAAAAGCUUGACCCACAAAGCAAAGCCCAGCGAUGUUCCACUUCAGGUCAAAGGCUGUGUGUCAGGCAGCGUCCCUCCUAACAGUGGGAGCCACAGGUCCUCUGACAGGUACCAGCAGCCUCAUAUGGACUCUCUGUCUUAUAUCUCUCAGGAGCAUCUCGACUCGGGCAUUGGGUCUCUGGAGAACCAACUGUCUGAUAUGUGGCCUUACAGAUCCACCAGUCACUGUGAUCAUUCCCAUGCCGAUCAGGUGGCAGUCUGCACCUGCAGUAGGCAGAGACCUGUCUACCCACAUUCUCCCAGCUUAGAGCAAAAUGGUCUGGUCUCUUACAAGCAUGGUUCCCACAAAUCUUCUUCCUCUGGUGCUAGCUUCUUGCAGUAUAGCCCUGAGAUAUCUCACUCAGGACCUCCUCACUCUUUCUCAGGCUAUGGAGUACCUGUACACCCAGCUAAUGCUGGGCAAUACAGUCUGCCCAAUGAGUAUAACACCCCUCAACCCCAUUCUCGUGAGUACUGGUCGGAACCGUACCAGAUGCCGCCUCCUCAAGUGAGAUCUCCCAGUGUGCGAGAUCCUCGUUCAGUACAGAGAGCCCCAGGGCCAGCAUAUGGGGACUCCUGCCAGUGGGCGCUCUCUGACCAGUUCGCAGAGGAGCGCGCCAAUGUGCAUGUCAAGCUGUGUGGCAUAUUCCAUCCCCAUUUAGUUGAUGCUGUGAUGAGCCGUUUCCCUCGGCUUCUGGAUCCCCAAAGGCUAGCUGCAGAGAUACUAACGUACAAGUCUCAGAACCCAGGUAUAUGA